AUGACCGGAGAGGAUUCAGAUAACCCAUUUUCAAGUAUUAUUGGUGCUAUACUUGCAGUAUAUGAUUGGUCCUCAAUUUCAUUAGAUAUAUGGAAUUUUUGGCCACUCACUAUAGUUAGUGUAAUUGGCAAUUCAUGGAAAGAAAAAUCAAAAAAAAUGAAUGAAAAGCCAUAUCCUAAAAUUUCAAAAUUACGUAAGAGUAAAUUCCAAUCUUGGUCGAUUGAAAUGUGUAAAUUUGUAUGGAGCAAAGAGGAAGAAUUUUUAUAUGACUUUAUGG